AUGACUUUACGUACAGAUAUAAAUGAUGUUCUAAUAGGAACCAAAGGUGAUCAUAGUCAUCCGCCUGAACCUAAACAAAUGGAAGUUCGAAAACUUAAACACGUUAUCAAAGAAAGUGCAAAAAAUGAAACUACUCCUGUUCCAAAAAUAUAUAAUGAAGAAACAGCGAGAUUUUGUUUAACAUCAUUGGCUAUUGCUAUCGUUCCAUCACAAAGAAAAAUAAGUAUUCGAAUUUUUGUUCUCCUCUUUCUGAAAGAAAUUAUUUUUAAAGAUAGUUCAUUGAAUAAAGCAAGACGUCUUCAAACACCUGCAAUACCGAAUUCUCAAAUUUUUGAUAUACCUGAUGCUUAUACAAAACCACUAAAAGGUUUUCAUAAUCGACUCAAUUCAAGAUUAUCUAAAUCUCAUCCAAAUAUUUGA